AUGCUAGAAAUAGCUUCUCCCCGUCCUACGAGACCUCCACGACGCCCCCCUCACUCGGCCUCUGAUGAGAUCAAUCCUGAUACCCGACCAAAUUCAGGGAAUUGUACGUCCUUAACAAUCAUCAACACUACAGAAGAUACGAAACGGGACCUGGAAGAUAUAUCUUCCGAACCCUUAGACCUCGAUAUGGAUUCAGAGAUACUCAAUGCUUUCUUGAACCUCAUCAACAGCUCUCAUCCAUACGUUCAUCAACUAUCUUUCCAGCAAUCUAGCGAACUCCUUCGUCAAUGCGAUAAGCUCAUCUGCCGUUCUGAUAUCUGUAAUGCUGUCAAACAGCGCCUAUACGAAUGGGGAAUAACGAUGCCAUGGGAAUUAUUAGUAUUGGCAUCUGAAAGGGAUGAUGUAAAUAUGGGGAGGAUAGCUUUGAAAAGCAUGGAUUCAAGUAUAUUCAUCAACGAAAUGUCGUGGUACAAUUUUCGAGCCAACCCACAAGAAAUGGUACCAUUGAAAUCUAGACCUUUCUGGGAGAGGAUGGGGAGGUUGUCCCCUUCGUGGCAAGUUGAAUUGAUAAAAUUAGCAUUCGAAGGACCAAUUAAAAAAAAAGUCGGCCCGGAUCCAGACAAGACACUAUACCUAGGACAUACGGAACCCCAGACUGUCAUGUUACUUCGGAAGGAUUGGGAUUGUGAUAAGGACAGAUUUGCACAGAGAUUCAAUCCGUAG